UUCUUCUUUUUUUUUUUUUUUUUUUAACACUGACCUUCAAGAGUCUGAUUUUCUUUUCCUUUUAUUUUUUUUUUUCAGAAAAAGAGGCUAUUUGGUGGAUAUUUACUAGUCCCUAGUAUUCAUAUCUUGGGGGGCGCGCUUUCGGUUUUCCCUUUCGAUAAACUCCCCAUCCCCUAACGAAUUCCCUCGACCCCAUUUGAAUUCCCCCCAUAACCACCGCGAUGGCGCCAACCAGUGGUCCAGCUAAGGCCAAGUCCUCAUCAAAAGGCGAUUCGAAGAAAGGUGGUGUCCUUGGAGCCAAAGUGAACAAGAAGAAUGUGAAGCGUCCGCCGCCAAAGGAAAUGAAAUCGAAGGCGCGCACUGAGAAAAGUCAAAUGAAAAAGACAAAGAAGAGAGAGUAUACGGAGGCGGAGCUAGAUCUUCCUCAACUCAAUAUGAUUACCCCUGUUGGUCUUGUGAAGCCGAAGGGAAAAAAGAAGGGAAAGAUAUUUGUUGACGAUCCGGAGGGUAUGAUGACGAUUUUUGCCAUGGUCAACGCUGAAAAGGAGGGUCAGAUUGAGUCUAAGAUUAUGAAAGCCCGGCAACUGGAGGAGAUUCGAGAGGCGAAAAGGAAAGAAGCUGAGGCUAGACAGUCCCAGAAGAAGUCGAAGCUGGAAGAUGUCAAGGAAUCGAUCCGUCAGAAACGGAAACGCAAGAGUGGCGACGCCCCCGAUACCAAGUCAGAUGCUCCCGCUUCCAGGUCAAGCGGGAAGAAAAAAGCGGUCUCCUUUGCGUGAAGCGUUCUGUAAAAAAGUAAUUCUGUCUAUAGCAUGGUUGAAUAUGUAUUUAGAAGGGUCGCUGGCGUUUCUAUGGGUCUAUCUAUAUCUUUCGAAGUAUGACAUGAAUGACAUUCGCGACGAACAUCUAGUCAUCAACAAAAACAACAAGUCUUCAUCCAACAAUAUAUCCUCUAAGGUCUAAGAAUGACGCUGAAUUAAAUGAUUGGCAAGCUUAGCUUGCGGCGCAUCGGGCUGAAAUUGGCCUUCUUGAAGUGUAUAUCAGUGUCGUCAUCAGGCUCAGACGCCUGUCCGGGUACCU